AUGAACAAUGGAGCGGCCCCGUCGCCGCCUGCCAGCACCGCCGCCAGGCCGACGCCGUUCUUCCACCUGCCACGCCGGCCCUCUGUGACGCCGCCGGCCCGACCUCAGCCCUCAGCGCCCCGCCCGGCCUCGCCAACCUCCCCCGCCUCGCCCACCUCGCCCACCUCUCCCAAGCGGCCGUCCUCGUCCCGCUCCUCCUGGUUCCACCCCUCCGUCCGCCGUCCGCGCACCUCUCCCGGCCCGCGACCCUCGCCUUUCAAGUCGCGCGCCGGCCAACCCUUCCCCGAUGAACUGAAGCGCGACUCCGGCUUCGCGCCCUCCAUCGCCCGUCCCUCGCACGAUUGUGACCAGAGUGUUCCCCGCGUCCCAAGCCUGCCUACCAUCGUCGUGCAUGACGAGCCUCCGCGCCCGUCGACUGCGAACAAUGUGGGCCAACUCGACACCGUCAACCGCAGCAGGUUAGUCGGGACCGAUAUCCCAAAGGGCGACUUCGACGACCUCGCCGAAAACAAGAUCGCCUUUUCCAAAAGAGGGACCUUGCUCCUGAACGGAAAGAGGAUGAACGAGAUGGCGCGCGGGCCCACCGACAAGAAUGAUUCUGCGCAUGGCUCGGGAGGUGAACAUGGCGGGGCGCUAGAUGGUGCGCAGGACAGAAAAUCGGUGGACAACGAGGCACCCAUAUCUCAAGAAAGACCGGCACCAGAGGCGGCAAAGGCAACUUCGGAAACGACAUCAGUGCAGGAGAAAGCACCAGAGCUUGUCAUCCCACGCCCACAUACGCAGUCAGGCGCUCCCCGUGCCGUGAGCAUGAGCGCAGUGACUGCUGAUGGCCGGGCAUCGACCGCAGUUUCAGCAGCACCUUCCAGAAGGGCCAGAUCUCUCGCUCCGCGCCGAAGCAUCCCAGGCUCUCGCGUUUUGUCCGCGGAUGAGACCAUGCUGUCGAAGAAGGUCCGUUCUAUGUACGAGUAUGGCGAUGAAAGAGCUGCGGAAUGGGCCGUGGAACCGAGCAUCCGAGAGGAUGCGUCGAUUGAGGAGGAGAUCCCCCCAGACAUGCCUGGGGAAGGAGACAGUUUGCGGAUCACCAAGACGCGGAACAACGGUGACACCCUGCGCAGCGCGAGCAUCGUAAGCAAACCGGCUAGCAUGAUAUCGAAAGAGCCGAAUGAACUCGCAGGGGGCAUAGAAGACUGGGAGGAUAUUGACGGUUGUGAGGUUGAUCGAUUCGGCUUCAUCGUUCCCAAGAAGCCCACUCCUGCCGAGCAGCGUGAGUCCACGGUUACCUUUGACACUCCCAAGCUCCAGCGUGUCUCCACGCAGUUGCAGCUUGCUUCCGAGGCGCCAAGACGGAAGCGCACCCUUCGUCGCCAGGGAUCAAUUGCCAGGUCUUCAAGGACGAAUUUCAGUGCCCAGCCCAAGCGAAUGUCCUCGAGCAGAUCCCUUCGUCCGCCAGAAUCUGUCUACUCCACUCGCAGCACGGCGUCUAUUCGCUCAAACAUCUUCCGGAACGCAGCCAACAGACUGCCGCACAAUCGCAGCAGGAGACUGGUUGAUGAAGCCAGCGACAUGCUCACGCUCCCCCCGGGACUUGCUUCUAUAGCCGAAGAGAAGGAUGGUGGGAGAACCGUGGAAAUGAUGAAGCGGAAGGAAUGGCAAAGAGAGGAUAAAUGGCGGCAGAUGGGGAAGCUUGUUGGCAAGUCUCCGGGCGGGAUGCUGUUCGAAUUCGACACCAAAAACCCCAAACUCAUCGAGCGCACGUGGAAGGGGAUCCCGGACAGAUGGCGAUCGACUGCAUGGUACGCGUUUCUUUCGGCAAGCGCGAAGAAGGAUCCGAACAGUGCAUCGGACGAGGAACUUGUUGAGGCAUUCUACGACCUCCAGGAGGAGGAUUCGGCCGAGGACAUGCAGAUUGAUAUGGACGUUCCCCGGACCAUCAGCCACCACAUCAUGUUCAGGAGGCGCUACCGCGGGGGCCAGCGCCUGUUGUUCCGCGUGUUGCACGCCUUCUCGCUCUAUCUCCCGGACACCGGCUACGUUCAAGGAAUGGCAGCACUCGCAGCCACUCUCCUCUGCUACUAUGACGAGGAGAGGGCCUUCAUCAUGUUGGUGCGGCUGUGGAAGUUGAGGGGCCUGGAACGCCUGUAUCAACAUGGGUUCGAAGGUCUCAUGGAAGCAUUGGGUGACUUCGAGAAGUACUGGCUCGGCGGAGGCGAGAUAGCUCAGAAAUUGGAGGAACUCGGCGUGCACUGUACGGCUUACGGGACACGUUGGUAUCUUACGCUCUUCAACUACUCGAUUCCGUUCCCGGCGCAGCUCCGUGUCUGGGACGUGUUCAUGCUGCUCGGCGAUGCUUCUACAUCCUGCGACCCCAACAACUCGUUCCACGCCGAUCUCGACGUGCUGCACGCCACCUCGGCAGCUCUUAUUGACGCCACGCGCGAAAUCCUGUUGGACUCGGACUUUGAGGUUGCGAUGAAGACGCUAACCUCGUGGGUUCCGGUCAAGGACGAGGAUCUGCUCAUGCGCGUGGCAAGGGCAGAGUGGAAGCAGAGGAAGAAGCGAGCCAAGGCCAAUCCCGUUGCCGGGUAA